AUGAGAAACCAAACAAUAACAACCUUCAUCUUGAUGGGACUGACAGAUGACAUUCACCUACAAAUUCUGCUUUUUAUCUUUCUAUUUUUUUCUUAUCUGUUGAGUGUAUCUGGAAACCUAACCAUCAUCACCCUCACUCUGAUUGAUUCUCACCUUAAAAUGCCCAUGUAUCUUUUCCUGCAAAAUUUCUCCUUCUUAGAAAUUUCAUUCACAACAGCUUGUGUUCCAAGAUUUUUGUACAGCAUAUUAUCUGGAGACAAGUCCAUUAGCUAUGUUGCAUGUGCCAGUCAACUGUUGUUUACAGACCUCUUCGCAGUAACUGAAUUUUAUCUCCUGGCCACCAUGUCCUAUGAUCGUUAUGUGGCUAUCUGUAAACCACUACAUUACAUGAGCAUCAUGAGCAGCAGAGCCUGCAAGAGUUUCAUCCUCUUCUGUUGGGUAGCAGCACUGAUCAUUAUUCUUCCACCUCUUUCUCUUGGCUUGGGCCUGGAAUUCUGUGACUCAAAUAUCAUUGAUCAUUUUUGCUGUGAUGUAUCUCCUAUCCUGAAGAUCUCAUGCUCAGACACGUGGUUGAUAGAACAGAUAGUGAUAGUGUGUGCUGUGUUGACAUUCAUCAUCACCCUCUUGUGUGUGGUGCUUUCCUACAUUUAUAUCAUCAGGACUAUUCUAAGAUUCCCCUCUGCCCACCAAAGGAAAAAGGCCUUUUCCACCUGUUCUUCCCACAUGAUUGUUGUUUCCAUUACUUAUGGAAGCUGCAUCUUCAUUUAUGUCAAGCCUUCAGCCAAGGAUGAAGUGACUAUUAAUAAGGGAAUUUCACUCCUUAUUACUUCUAUUUCACCAAUGUUGAAUCCUUUUAUUUACACACUAAGAAACAAACAAGUGAAGCAAGCUUUUCAUGACUCAAUUAAAACAGCUGCAUUCCUCUCAAAGUUGUAA